AUACACAAAUCUUACCUAAAAUUUUGAAUUUAAAAGUUAUAUUUAUAAAUUAUAUUAUAAGAAGUCCUAAGAUAAUGAAUAAAUGAAAGGAACAAUAAGUUUAGGUAUUUAUAUUUUUUAAGAGUUUAAGAACAUUAAAAGAGAUAUGGUAAAUAUAGUGUUAGAUAUUUGCAUAAAACAAAUCCUUAUGGUUAAGAGAGUGAGAAAUUUGAAGUUAGUUCUGCCAGAUAUGGUAAAUUCUAUACAAAGGAGAGCGAGCAUAAAAAUAUAUUACGAGAAUUUGAUAAUAAAUACUGCGUCAUCCCAGUUUAAUAACCUAUAUUAAAGUAUCAUAGUUUGAAAUCAUAAUUAUUCAAUAAUAAAAAUUAAUGAGAGGAUUUAUAAUACGGUUUGCAUUUGCUGAAUAAAUCUCCAUCUAAACUCAGAGUUAUUUAAAAAGAACAUAUAAGGAAGCAACUGUAGAAAUGGCCACAAAUGCUUUAAAUCCAUAUCACUAAUGGUUCAUAAAAGUAAUAUUAAAUUUUAUAUUUUUAGCUUGAUGGCAAAAGUGUUAAGACUCAGCAACGUAAUGUUUUAGCUGUCCCUUCUCCAUAAUUGGCAGCUUGUAUUGCUACAGAAUUCAAUCGUUAGAAAGAAUACUUAAGUUUUAAAUAAAUGCCACUUAUGAUGCUUGCUAGAAAUGCUAUUGAUUUAGAUUAUGAUGCAACCAAUAGAGAAUAUAUUGAAAAAACUAUUAUUUACCAUCUAGAAAAUGAUGUUAUCUUACAUCGUAGAAAUAAAUAAUCACAACUUUUAGACAUUCAGUAACAAUAAUUGGAUCCACAAUUGAAAUCCUUUAAUUCUAGAUUUGGCAUGGAUAUUUAAUCUAAUGAUGGUGUUCAAAUUACAUCACUUAACUAAUAAAAUAAAGUUAAAAUUGAAUCCUUAAUCAGAGGAUUAAAUAAUUGGUAAUUAGUCAGUCUUAGUUCUUAAGCAGGUAUAAAUUUAAUAUAAUAUUAUUAGAUAAUCUCAAAUCCUGUAUAUUAGCAAUCUAAUUAUCUUAUGGUUUACUCGAUUCAGACAAAGCCAUUUCUCUUUGUGAUAUCCAAAGUUAAUAUAAUAAGAAAAAUACUGAAAAUGAAAAUCCAUAAGAUUCAGAUAGUGAAGAUAAUAUAAUUUCUACAAAUGUAAAAGCAGCCUAACUAUUUUCAUCAUUAAUUUAUUCCCAAAGUAUCCUUUAUUGA